CACACACCCUGCAUCUCAUCUCACGAGCUGUCAGCUGCCUCAAAGUUUUAGAGACGCUUCGGGCGCCGCUUCACUUCCACCCUUCCCGGUUCAGCGCGCUGCGGGUUUAGGAUAACAUCUGAUGCUGUUUAGAUAAACGCGAACGUUGUCGUGACUUUAGCGUACGUGUAACUACCUUUGUGAAGGUGAAAGUAACUUUAGUGUAGAGAGAAAAUGGAUUCCCAGGACUCUGACAAGGAGACGAUUUCAGUUGUGAUUAAAACGGCCAAUCAAGUUCAUGGUGAUCAGAUAAUCGAAGAUGUAAACAUCAACUGGACGGUCAAGGACCUGAAAACUCAUCUGGCGAGUUUUUAUCCAUCCAAACCGGCUGAAAAAGACCAGAAACUCAUCUACUCAGGCAAGCUGCUCACAGACAACCUGUAUAUCAGAGAUGUUUUUAGGAAGACUGACACAGUACCCACUCUUCACCUUGUGUGUGUACUUAAACCCCAGCCUGAUGUUCAGCAGGGAGCCAGACCGAAGGUCAAAUCAGCAGAGCAGCAGCCAUCACCAGCCAGUGCCUCCCCAGCACCAUCUGUGCCUACUGUGUUCUCUACUGCUGGUCUCAGACAGCGUGGUCACCCUGCCCCCGCUGAGCCCACUGCUGCAUGGCCUGCCACAGGCACUGGCACGAACACAUCCGCGCCAAGACCAGCAGAAAUGACCCAUCCAGCUUUCCCUACGUACUCACUUUACAGCCCACAACAACUCCUUUGGCUGCAGCAUAUGUACGCUCGACAGUACUAUAUGCGGUACCAAGCAGCUAUCGCGGCCGCUGCCUCUGCUCCCGUGACGUCUCCUACUUCACUUCCCGUCACUCCGCAGCAAGCCGCUGGACCUGCCGGGCUACCCAAUCAGGCUCCCAUUGACAACCUGCCGGCCAAUCAGAAUGUCCCAGACCCUGCCUUUAUCAACCCAGAUGGAGCCAAUCAGAACAUGCGCAUGAAUGCUCAGGGCGGGCCGGUGAUGGAGGAUGAGGAGGACGUGGAAAGAGAUUGGCUGGAUUGGGUUUACACCGCCUCUCGCUUCGCUGUGUUCCUGAGCAUAGUUUACUUCUAUUCCAACCUGAGUCGCUUCAUCCUAGUGAUGACCAGCCUGCUCCUCAUGUACCUGCACACUGCGGGCUGGUUCCCGUUCAGACAAAGAGCUCAGGCUCAGCCUCCAAACCAUCCAGCACCAGAGGUCAUUCAGAACCAGCAGAAUCAGAACCAGGACAGACAAGAGCUGAUGGCGCCUCCUGCUGAAUUGGAUGAUGGUGAGACAGAUGGAGAAGCUGAUCUUCCACCUCCCACGGCUGCAGUUUCUGUGUCUCCAGUUCGACCCUCCAUUCUUUGGACAGCCUGGGUUUUCUUCAAAGCUUUCUUUGCCUCUCUGAUCCCUGAGACGCCUCAAGCUAUGGCUAACUGAAUCCAGCAAAUAAAAAUAAAAAUCUGGUCAGACUGGUAAAGUCAGAAGUAGCACCAACCAUGAAGGAGAACUCGGCCUCCUUUUAGUCAGUUUGCUCAAGGUAUUUUUUGUGAGCAUGUAAUCUGUGAUUUCUGGAUUAGGUUUUACUCUGCUUCUUGAAGCUCCAGGUUUGCCAGUUCAUCACUUCCAAGCUGUUUGGCGACGUGACCAAGAACUUUAAUCUCUUCCUUCAGCCAAAUAGUGUGUGUGUAUUAGUGUAAAUAAGUGCUGAAUUAACUUGUAAAUGUUCCUGUACAGUUUCUGCACAGCACUUUAUACUUUCUCCCUGCCAGCAUCAGUCUGUCAUCUGACCACCUUGCACAGUGCUUAUGUCAUCAGGGCUUCAUUUUACUGGAAUAACCCAGAGACUGAAGCCAUGAUUGGAACAUGGCUUAUCUCAUCAAACAUGACUGACAUUGAAGGUUAUUAAGAUUUUGUGUACAAAUGCCUUUCAUAAGGGCUUAUUUCUGGCACUUUGACAUGACAAGUUUCAGAGUUGUACUGCUCUGUGUUAGGAAUGAAUUAUGUUUAGGUUUCUGUCAUGCUUCUGAAUGAUUUAUGUAUGAUAGCAGUUAUGUGGACGAAAUGUUUUUGCGACUUCUGGAACAAAGAAAGUACGACAAACCUCAAAUUGAAUCCUGCAUGAAUAAGUAGUUCUUAUUUAAACCUUUGUGCAUCGGCAUGUAACGUAAACGAGCAGGCACCUGAAAGCAAACGAGUAUCGUUUUUCUUUAAUGAAAGAAUAUUAAUACUUGGAUCAAAACCUUUUUAUUAUUUGCUAUUUAGCAGUUUUGUUUUCUCACUUUUUUUUUUAUUUUUGUUUCAAAAAUAAUCAGCUUUCCUAAUGCAAUUCAAACAUGCUGUAAAACUUUGUAAUAAGGAA